GGCACCGGAGGAGGAAGACCAGCCUGCACUAUGAAUCCGUGGCUCCUGGUCUGCCUGGUGGCCUGCUUCGUGGGUGCCUGGGCUCCCCCUGUCCACGCUCAAGGUGCUUUUGAGGACUGCUGCCUGGCCUACCAUGGCGCAGCAAGACGGUCCAUGCUCAGGUACGCCCAGAGUUACCAUCGCCAGGACGUGAGCGGGAGCUGCAACCUGCCUGCGGUGAUAUUCUUCUUCCCCCAGAAAAACAAGAUGGUGUGUGGGAAGCCAGGGGCCAGGUGGGUGCAGAUUGGGAUGAAGAUCCUGGAUGCUCGGAAGAAGACCCAGUUAAAGCCCCACCACGGCACCCGGAGAAACUUCCAGGUCCCUCCUUCUGGGGUGAGGAAGUUGAGCUCUGGAACCUCCACGCUACCAUUGUCGAAGUUUAGCGGUCCCACCAGAAACAGCAAGAGGAAAACCUCCCUCCUGACAACAGCUAAUCCAGGUCAGGACUCUUGACCAUGUGACCAUUCCUCCCCUCAUCACUGCUGAGGAAUGGGGGUUCCUGAUCAGCCCAGACUGGGUCAGGGGACUCACCUCCAGGACCACGGAGGGCUGGCUCUGUGGUCAGCCCCACAGAUUCACACGGGAGGGUCGUAGGGGGCUGUUCAUUACCCUGCUCCGGCCCAGGGGGCUUCGGCAAGUGCUGAAAUGAAACGCCAAGUGUGUGGACUGAAAACUUCAGGGCCCCUGACUCCACUCCAGCCCCCCUCCCCUGCUGAUCCCUCCCGUCCCUCCUGCAGGACCAUGAGCCCGCACUUCUCUAGGAUCAGCCAGCACGAGAUGGGCUGGACCUCUGUAUGCCACAGUUACCACCCUGCAGCCUCGGCUGCCCCAGCCCCUCUAUGCUUCAGGGCAAAUCUCAAUCCUCGCACCUGAGGCUGCAUCAGUUCCCUCCCUGUCACCCCUGCUACCUCCUGCUCCUCAGAUAGCUGGAACAAGGGAGCUCUGUUAUUUCAAGCCCCGUGCCUGCUCCAGGCACCAGACUCACACCUGCCUGGGCGACGAUUCUUGGAAAGAACCAUCACUAUAGUUGCCUACCUGUAGGGACACACCUGCCUGUGUCCCUCUGGAUCUUUGCAAAGCUUCAGUUCUCUCCCAGGAUGUGCUUCUCUGUAACUUUUAAAU